AUGGGCCAAGUCCUCCCCACCCAUCGAUUGGCCCAUUCGCCUCACGGUGGCCUCGCCCAGCCUGCUGUCACGCAGGCGAUCCGUCUGCUGUCGAAAGGACCCUUCCCCGUCGACCCGCAUCAACAACCCCGCUCCGAACGUCAGCACUGGAGUCUGCAGAACGUCUGCGUGGACCCCUUCUCCGACGUGCCGACCGCCUUUACAACCGACGGAGAGGACUCCCAUCUCGCCCCGUCGGCAUACGCCUGCAACUCCUACGCCUGGAUGCAUAUCUUCCCGGAGGGGAAGAUCCACCAGGCGCCCAAUAAGACCAUGCGCUAUUUCAAGUGGGGCGUGGCACGCCUGAUCCUCGAGGCAAGCGAGUGCCCGGAUGUCGUGCCGAUCUGGCUGGAAGGCUUCGAUCAGGUCAUGCACGAGAGCCGCGAGUUCCCCCGCUUCCUCCCGCGACCGGGCAAGGAGGUGAGUGUGACUUUCGGGAAGAAGGUGGACUCGGAAGCGGUUUUUGGCGACAUGAGGAGGCGGUGGCAGGAGAUUAAGGCCAAGGCAGAAUUAACGGCCCCCGACACUCGAGAUUUGCCGCUGGGAGUCCUGAAUGACGAGCUCUUGUACGGACGAGAGGCAGUUGAGCUCCGGAAGGAAGUCACGAAGAAGGUCCGGGAGCUGGUGCUGGAGGUGCGACGGUCUCGUGGGUUGCCUGAUGAGGAUCCCAAGGAAGGCCUGGUCGAGACGUGGAUCCGAGAAGGCCCGAAGCGAGAGGGCAAGAUGGAGGACGAUUCCUGGUACUACCUAGACGGACCCGCGGGGUUUCCCCCAACUUGCUCCAACCACCUGCAUCCCACCACACUCCAUCAUUAUCGCCGCCGAUUCUCGAUGCCCAAGAAGCAUCAGAAACCCCGUUUUACCAAACCAGCCACCACUGCACACCAUACGCUCGCCUCCAGCUCGCGACGGGACCAACAUGAUCCUUUUCGCUCGCCCGCUGCGGCCGCGAGCCCCGCGCAGCCGUCCGUCAACGACUUAAUCACUCAUCUCCGUCGUACCCAGGUAUCGCAGUCGGCUGCGGAUAACCAGAGAAGCCCGUCGAGCGUUCUACCCCGGCGUUCCGUGCACCCAUCGCUGCGCAAUGUCCUAGAGUUACCCGAGACACCGCCUCCGCGUCCGCGUCCCGGCAGUCGCCGGGUUGGAGUCAGAGGACGAAGGCGGUUUGCGGGGCCCCCGCCGCCUGAAAGUUGGCUGUUGGGGAACACAGAGAAUGAGGAGUAUGAGGAGUGUGAAUCGGAUACGGAUGCGCAGAGCGAGAGGGUAAUCUACCGUGUGGACCGUCUGCCUGGGACGACGUUCCCGGGGAGAGAUACUCUGUUACAUACGGCGCUGAAGUCGAUGGCGUCGCAUUGGCUGUGGCAUGUUGAAUAUGACGGACAAUUUCUGGGAACCCUGCCCACUCGUGUACGGGAGCUGUUGCUCAGCUAUAUAGCUGUCCAUGCAAGAGACCUGCCCCUCGCCAAGUUAAAACAGGGUCUACGGCCGCUGUUCAAUCGAAGUCGGGAGGAUGAGCUCGCCGAAGACUGGUCCACUGCACCUCAGAAUGCCGAUUCUGAUGUUUCCCGUUUGGACCUGAGCUGUGCGAUAGGCCGCUGGAUGAGUUUCAAACAACUGACAGCGGACCUCUUCGUUUCUAUGCACCAGGCGAGCGUGCGACAAGAGGGUAGCGAAAAGCAUGUCCCCGAAUCCUGGGAGGAUGUGUACGACGAGGACAUCAAGUCUACUGCAAGUAUGUCGUUGCCCAAAACGCUCGGCCAGGGCCCUCGGUUCCAGAAAUUGCGCUUUCUAUCGCUCGCACACCCGAAGCCAGGGGCUGCGAAUUGGAACUCACUUAUCACGCUCCUUUCGCGGCUUUCAACCAUAACACAUCUUUCUCUCGCGCACUGGCCGGUCCCCACUGUGACUCCAAAUGCUACCCACGCGCGGAUCCGCCACCCCAAUCAUAGGUCGCUAACGUUCUCCUACAGCGGGACCGACAGCUACGCGUCCAGCGAGAACAACUGGGCCGAAGCGGCUGGUAUCCUGCGCAGACUGUCCCGAGUGACGUACUGCCUUAAGUGGCUUGAUCUCGAAGGCUGCAGUAGCUGGAUCCCCGCUCUAAACUGGGAAGGUGUUGGACCAGAUGGCGAGCCCUACGCCACCGGUCCUGAAUGGAACGGGUCGUGGCGUGAUAUCGACUUUGUUCGUCUGGGGCCGGGAUGGCUUCCUCAUAUCGACGAUAGUGAGCUGCCGCUUGUGUCUGGUAAUGUGGCGGGGCAUGCUCAUGGGACGGGCUCUUCCGUCGCUGUGGCGUCGUCGUCUUCCCCAGCGCGUGGUCUCUCUGCAUCCAUCCAUGCUCCAUCCAUCCAGGGUGAUCCGGGGCGUCGUACGCCGUCGGGUAGUGAAGACCUCGCAUGGGAUGUGGAGGUGGAGCGGAUCCAGUAUAGACGACGCAAGGAAGUAGAACUCUUCAAGAACGCGGUUCAAGGUGCAAAAGAAGUUCAGCAACGGGUCUUCCGUGUACGGAGAGACGGCCAGGGGAAAUGGGCGCGUUUCUCCUUCGGCUUGGAGGGUCUAGACGAGGAUGUUCUUAAACAGUUGCUGGGGCCGGAAUAUUGGCGACUUCUCCCGUGA